GGUGGCACACAGAACCGCCGUGACAAUGGAUACGGGGUUUCUACAGAAAGCUGCAAUCGCUCUAAAGGACUCUUGCCCUGGGCUGUCCCGUCACUAUCUGUCUAUCUGGAGUUCUUCAACAAAAGUGAAAAAAACUACUGGAUCAAUAUGCGCGUUUUGUUUCCAAAUGUUAACACCUGACAACCGCAAAGUGCGCCUCAGGCCGAAAAUGAAAAUAACUCCAGACAUUGAAAGGAUUUUGCGGAAAGAAUCAAAGAACUAUAGACUCAAUCUGAAGCAAACAAAACUUCUCCGAAAAUACAAACUGGCAAAGAGUGUCGUGGUAGUUACGUGCAAUACAUGCAAAAUGAUUUCAAAGUUUCCCGGAGAGACCCGAAAUUCUCUUGCUAACAGCCCUGGCACGCCCAGGAUUAAGCGUGGAUGUGCAACUCCAGAUCUGAGAACUCCCGGUUCUGUUAGGAAAGUUAACCUGUCCUACAGUGAAGAGAAACUCAGCUCUAAAGGCAGAAGUCCUGUAAUAACACCCAGGUCCUGCGCAUCUGCACAGUCAUCUCCAGCCACUGUGUUAAAAUCGGCCAAGAAGGGUAAAUUUAAAUUCUCCAGAUUAAAAAUGCUCCUAAACCAAGAAACAAAAGAAACACCAAAGCACGGAGGUUUGCAGAACUUCCUCUCCUCGCUUUGAUAACUAUUAAUGGAGUGACUUUAACAUCAUGGUAUAUUUGUAGUAUAAUUUUGAGCAAAUAUAAUUAUGCAGACAAUGUAUUGCUUCUCAAUAGAGUGUUAAAAUAUACAAUUUGUAUUAUGAGUUAAA